UAAUAUAUAUAUAAUAUAUAAAUUUAUACAUCUUCUUCUUCUCUAAACUCCAAACUGCAUAACUACCCAAGCCUCUCAGCUCCCACCAUCUGGCUCUUACUCUCUCAACACUCAUUUCUGAUUAUCUGAUAACUAAAAGAAGAAGAAGCAGAGGAAGAAAAGUUAGGGUUUUUUAAUAAGAAAAACAGAGGAGGCUUUUCCAAUGGAGCCUUCUUGUUCGCCUUCUGCAGCUUCGUCUUUGCAUAUUGCCAUGGCGGCUUUAGUAGGAGCCUCAAUCAUGGCCAUCUCCGCCUUCUUCAUCCACAGGCGAAGCGUUGACCAAGUGCUUGACCGCCUCACAGAGCUCCGUAGAGAAGGCGGGAAGCGUAUUGUGAAAGAACGUUUUGAUGAUGAAGAAGGAGAAGAAGAGGGAGCGGAAGAGUUUGAAAAUGAGGCUGAGUUUGGUGCUGACGGUGAAAUGGGUUUUGAUCGAAGGAACUCGAUGAAGUCUGUUGAUGAGAAGCUUCUUCGGCAUCAUAGAAUGUCCUCGUCGUUGCCCAAUGUGGCUUUGGGAAACUACGAUUGGGUUGAGGAUAACUCCAAACUCGAUUUUGCAGGAAACUUUAGAGCUCAAGGGUUUUCUUCUUCCUUGGAUAAACUUAAUCACAUUCCUUUGGGGCUUCCGCCUCUUCGAACCGAUCAAAGACACGGGGACUUAUCUAUUGAGCGUUCUAGCUCCCGUAGAAGGGUGGCUUCAGUUGAAAGGUUAAUGACCCCAAGAUCCCAAGCUGGGACCUUUGGCAUUACUGGGGAUUCUGAUGAUGAUGGAACGGAACUUGCUAUUGGAGAUGAAGAAUUCUUCAACUAUGGGAACGUAGAGGUUUCAAUUGAUGGCAUGAGUGGACUAGAAGUAAAUUCAAUCCUUCAGAAUUCUUCUGCAGUUCCAGUUAUAGGUAAUGAUGGUAAUUGUAUGCAAGAUCAAACUUUUAAAGCAACUCCAAGCGAAACAAGAGCUGGUGUGGCUACACAAGGUGAAAAAAACAUAGGUUCAACGUCUGUGGACUUGGUUGGCCAAGAUGCUACUGUUUCCAGCAUAAUUUUACCAUUUCCGUCAACUCAUGAUCCAACGAACAAGGAAGAGGAAGAAGUACGUAAGAUGCUUCGGGAAUGUUUAGAGCUACGCCAAAGAUAUCUUUACCGAGAAAGUGUUUCUCCUUGGAUGAAAGCAGCCGUCUCAAAUACAUCAAAUCCGAAGAAAGACCCAUUUCAUUUUGAAUCUGUUGAUGCCUCAGCUCACUCCUUCAAGAUGGAAGAUGGUGUUAUACAUGUAUAUUCAAAGGGAAAUGAUAGUGAAGAACUUUUCCCUGUUGCAAGUUCAACAGCGUUUUUCACUGAUAUGCAUUAUCUUUUGAAAGUUAUGUCCAUUGGAAAUACUCGCUCCACAUGUCAUCAUAGGCUACGAUUUCUUGAGGAGAAAUUUCGACUUCAUUUACUACUGAAUGCCGAUAAGGAGUUUCUUGCCCAAAAGAGUGCACCACAUCGUGAUUUUUAUAAUAUCAGAAAAGUGGAUACACAUGUUCAUCAUUCUGCUUGUAUGAAUCAGAAGCAUCUUUUACGAUUUAUCAAGUCCAAGCUGAGGAAAGAACCCGAUGAGGUUGUUAUAUUUAGAGAUGGAAAGUAUCUUACACUUAAGGAAGUCUUUGAAAGUUUGGACUUGACAGGGCAUGACCUGAAUGUUGAUUUAUUGGAUGUUCAUGCUGAUAAAAGCACCUUUCAUCGAUUUGACAAAUUCAACCUAAAGUAUAAUCCCUGUGGUCAGAGCAGACUUAGAGAGAUAUUCUUGAAACAAGACAAUCUUAUCCAAGGACGGUUUUUGGCAGAAGUGACAAAAGAAGUUCUAUCAGACCUGGAAGCUAGCAAAUAUCAGAUGGCAGAGUAUAGAAUUUCGAUUUAUGGAAGAAAACAAAGUGAAUGGGACCAGUUGGCUAGCUGGUUCGUUAACAAUGCAAUUUAUAGUGAUAAUGCAGUAUGGAUGAUUCAGUUACCACGGCUAUACAAUAUCUACAAGAAUAUGGGAAUUGUCACCUCUUUCCAAAAUAUUCUAGAUAAUGUGUUUAUUCCGCUCUUUGAAGUCACAGUUGAUCCGAAUACUCAUCCUCAAUUACAUUUGUUCCUGAUGCAGGUUGUGGGUUUUGACAUUGUUGAUGAUGAAAGUAAGCCAGAAAGACGUCCAAUUAAACACAUGCCAACUCCAGCUGAAUGGACCAAUGCAUUUAACCCUGCAUACUCUUAUUAUGCUUAUUAUUGCUAUGCGAACUUGUACACUCUUAACAAGCUUCGUGAAUCAAAAGGAAUGCCAACAAUAAAAUUUCGUCCCCAUUGUGGAGAGGCAGGUGAUAUUGACCAUUUGGCUGCUGGAUUUCUUCUAUGCCACAAUAUUUCUCACGGGAUCAAUCUACGAAAAUCUCCUGUUUUGCAGUAUCUCUAUUACUUGGCUCAGAUCGGACUGUCUAUGUCUCCUUUGAGUAAUAAUUCUCUUUUCUUGGAUUAUCAUCGCAAUCCCUUUCCCAUGUUCUUCCAAAGAGGCCUUAAUGUCUCGCUUUCAAGUGAUGAUCCCUUGCAAAUCCAUUUAACUAAAGAAGCACUGGUGGAAGAGUAUAGUGUUGCAGCAAAGGUAUGGAAGCUCAGCGCUUGUGACCUUUGUGAAAUAGCACGAAACUCUGUCUAUCAAUCAGGAUUUACACAUGCAGCAAAGGUGCAUUGGCAUGGUAGUAAAUAUUUCUUGCGAGGCCCUGAAGGAAAUAAUAUUCAUAAAACAAACGUACCCGGUUUGAGAAUUGCCUUCAGACAUGAGACAUGGAAGGAUGAGAUGCAAUAUGUUUUUUCUGGAAAAGCCAGGUUCCCGGAAGAAGUAGACCCAUAAAACAAAAAGCAGUAAACUGCUAUGAUCAUUCCUAGCAUCAUAGAAACAAACAACACAAUUGUAAUGUUUCAUGGAGAGGGAGAUUUUGUCCCGCCAGCAUGGCCAUGCUUGGCAGUAAAAUAAUUCUUCUACAAUUAAUUUAUAUAUACAUUAGCUUUUACAGAUUUGAGAGAAGCAUUCCCAACUUUUUUAGAGUUGUACUGCUGAGAUUACGAGGAUAAGGUGAGAUGUUUUGAAAGGUGAUUACAUUGAUCAAUGAUCCAAAUAUCAUAAUUCUCCUUGACUUC